AUGGCGAUCAGACGAGCUAUACAUGCUGAUUCUUGGUACAGCGGCGACGAGCGCAAGCUCAAUUCUGAGCUCUCUUCCUAUCUGGAUGCCGUGAAGCCUACUGAGAGAGAAAACUAUGUACCUCCAGUCAAGGGUUGUAAAGCUGUUAUUGCCCCACACGCAGGAUAUGCUUAUUCCGGUCCUCCUGCUGCAUGGGCCUACAAAAGCAUCGAUACAUCGGGGAUCAAGCGAGUGUUCGUUCUGGGACCUUCACACCACGUUUUUCUGGACGGCUGUGCGUUGUCGAGAUGCAACGAGUACGAUACACCGUUAGGAAAGCUUCCUUUGGACCUUGAGGCUAUCCAGGAGCUGCGGAACACGGGAAAUUUCAGUGACAUGGACAUUCAAACCGAUGAGGAUGAGCACAGCAUCGAGAUGCACCUUCCGUAUGUUCGGAAGAUCUUUGAAGGUGUGGAGAUCAGUAUCGUUCCCAUCCUUGUCGGCGCAAUCAGCCAGGAGAAGGAGGCUACGUUUGGUCGUAUACUAGCACCUUAUUUAUCCCGAGAUGACACGUUUUGCGUGAUCUCCACCGAUUUUUGUCACUGGGGCACGCGCUUUCAGUAUACUUUCUACUAUACAGAACCCCCUCCGAGCUCAAUUCCUCCCAUCCGACUUUCUCGUUCAGACGGGUCACCACCCUCCCUCACCACGCAUCCAAUCCAUCAAUCAAUCUCGGCCCUGGACCACGAAGCUAUGGAACUUCUGACGAUACCACCUUUCACUGCGGCUUCGGCACAUCACGAGUUCUCUGACUACCUGGCUCGGACGAAGAACACGAUAUGUGGGCGACACCCCAUCGGCGUCUUGCUGGGUGCGCUCACGGAGUUGGAGCGGGAGGGAAGGUGCCCAAAGCUCCAAUGGGUUAGAUAUGAGCAGAGUAGUAAGUGUCUCACCGUCAAGGACUCGAGCGUGAGCUAUGCAAGUGCGUUCGUAUCGUUCUGA